GGGGAUGAGCAAUACUGGUUUAUUUAUGGGUUUUUGGAGGGCAAUAAUCGUUCGUGACUGGGACGCCCCCAUUUUCCUAAACAAACCGCCGCACUGUCUCAGAGCACCAGCGGGAGCGUCUUAACUCAAUCAGUUUAACCGUGUUACGGUUGAUCGCCCAAGUUUGUGUCGCUAAAACUGUUUCUUAGAGGAAUAUCAGUCCUUUAAACUCUGGCGAUAUUACCGAAGGAUUUCCGCAAAUACACAAUGGCGCUGAGAAAUCCGUUGAAGCAUUCCUUUCCCAUUUACCAAGAAAUCGCGCUGGAAGCCAUCUUGGUUUUGUGGCUGGCCCUGCAGAUAUCCAUGAAACUUGGAUCACGACUCUUUCCAGAGUGGCAGACCAGAUGCGACUGUCCAGAUACGGCAUCGGAAAUUGACUGGCUUCUGAAGAAAUUUGGAUACAACAUAAACCACGGUAUUUGGGGCCUUGUGGUACAACCCUGGAAAGUCUUUAGCGGAAGCACCAAUUGUACCGAUCAGAGCGCCACCGCAGUGCCUUGGUUCACCGGAUAUCGUGGCGCCUAUGUAAUGUGGAUUUGCACAAUAGUUUUGGGUAUAUCGCUGCUGGCAUCCCUGUUCGUUAACCGCCACUGGACCCCGCCCCUUCGUUUUCAGCACCCUCGGACGUGUUUUGUGCUGACAGGCCGGAUACUGGCGUACAAUGUGGAGUAUCGGCGGGAUUUCUUCCAUUUGUGGGGCUGUCGGUUAAAACGAAUUAUGAUCUACUGCGCCUUCUUCGAGCUUAAUGUGUAUUGGAUGUUUAUGCGUUUACUUCUCGUGGGUGUGACAGCCCUUCCCGUUAUGGUGGUAGCAACCGUUCUGCUGCGCUUGGCGACGCACGGGGAUGUUGUUGUGUUUCCGUGUUGUGUGGGGAUCUUAUGUGCGCUGAUGGUAUACAGUACCGGACGACUUUGGAGACUGUGGAUGAAAAACAGUUAUGCCACAUGGAUUCGCAGUGCACUGUGGAAUCGGUGGAAUGCGACAAAAUCACCAUGCAAAAAAUCUAACGAUGACUUACCGGAACCGCCAAAGAACCGACCGGCAGCGGAAGCUAACGGUUCUCGACCGCCCCGGAAAGAUCUGUUCCUGGCAUCAGUGACACUUAUUCUAGGCUGGUUGAUCGUAAUGUUUCAUGUCUGGCAGCUCUUGGCACUGUUCGGGGAACUCAGUUCGGGAGGCGAAGAGCUAAGUUCGGAAGAACCAAAUUCGGGAAGUGGGACAGCUCGCGCUGAGAGUUACGUUAACUCUACAACGGAUCCAACUGGUUCCACGACAGUUCGUCGUAAACGUAUUGUGGGCAUAGUGACCGUAGACGCAAAUGGAUGCGCGAACGAUUUCUGGCCCUCCUAUUGGCCGGCUCCAGAAGGCAGUGUUAUUGAAUUUCUUUUCCCGCUGUACUGCUUACAGAUGCUUCUUCCAAUCGCAUACCGCUCCAGCGAAUACACAGCGAAACUGAUACUGUUUGCCCAUCGGUUCUGUGGUUUUGGUGCGGGCCAUGUGAUCGGCAACCUGUCCUUCAGAACGGAGGGACGUGCUUUAUUGCGAACGUAUUACGGAUCUCUGAAGGCCGCUUUUCACGGUAGAAAGCAUCGGAUAAUGCCAGUAAAUGAUAAUGACGAAGACAACUUCGAAGAACCGCUGGAUGCGGUAGAUUACUGGAAUAUCCUAAUGGACGGCAAAAUUGUCAUGGACUUUGACCAUCCACCCACGGACGACAUCCGCUGUGCAUGCACUGAAUGGACACAGAUACAGGCUGUGGUACUGGUCAGUGUGCGGCAUGUGGCUUUCUGGUUUCUCCUUCCAUUACCGGCCGCGGAGUUAUUCCUGCCGGAUGGAUUACAACUGCCCUGUCUGAUGCUGCUGUUGAGUGGCUACACGGUGUGGUUGGUGUCACAGUGGCUGGUGUCAGCGUGGGAUCAAUUCUGCCACUGGAUGAAGACGUGGUUUCAGGAUUAUUGCAUAUUUUGUGGAGUGCGAAUGGGGAUGUCGCACGUGUUCGCUUGGGCAAGUGCUGUCCUAAUGGAUCGUUGCACCCACUGGGCGGUUGAAUAUACGCGUUCCUGAUGGAUCACUAAGAAGUGUUACACCCAAUAUGAGUGCUGAAAGCUAUCUUUGCACCUUUCAUAUGGCAUUCUGUCUACUGUACCGUCAGAUUUUCAACGAAAUAAUGCUUGCUUUUCGUUCACAUACACACAUUGUGUGUGAUGCCUUCGUGAACCGUUAUUGGUUGUAAUAAGUUGGUUUCGAGAAGCAUCGUGUUUUCUUUGGUUUAUUGGUCGGGUUUACUCUGUAAUUGUUAAUUGUCGUACUUCAUAUCCAGUCAACUUGAACUAUCUCUGCUACUUUCAGUUC